AUCUGAUGGAAUGUUCAGCAUGUAUAAAUGCAGUUCUAAGAGGAAGCAGUAGACUAGAAGGACCUGGCAGAGACAGAGAGAUACAAACCUUUCACAGGUUUUCAAACAAAUUUCAAGAUAUCACUGUGGGAAACAUUGGUUGACCUGACAGAAUGUUCUCAAGCCUGUUAGUUACAGUCUUCUUGGCCAGCUGCUUGGCAAUGCCCAUCAAAGACCCGUACUCGUAUUCCUCUGCGGUGGGUCAGGGAGGUGGCACCCCAUUUGCUUCCUCCGGUGAGGGACGCAUCACAGCGGUCAGAGUGUGGGAGAACAACAACGCCUACAUCAACGGGUUCCAGCUGAGAUACAGCAACAUCUGGUCUCCUGUAUUCGGUCGCGAAGUGGGUACAAAGCAGGAGAUGGAGCUUUUUAAGGAUGAGGCCAUCGUCGAGGUGUCUGGGAAGUACAACCCAGGAGACUACAUCUACACCUUGGUGUUCACAACCAACAUGGGGCGCACUCUGGCGGCCGGCCAGCCUAACCAAGUCUCCUUCAACUUCUACCCAGCCAACAUGGGCAAUGAGCUGAGGAUGCUCAGCGGUCGCUUCAACGGUGCCGGGAUCACUUCCAUCGGAGCCCACUGGGGAUUGGUGUACAUGGAAGAGGCUGGAAACAGUACCUCCUCUUAAUUGAAAAAAUGUUUAAUUAUGUCUUUCUCUUUGGGAUGUUUUCCCGGAUACAGAUUAAGCCUAGUGCUGGAUUAGUUACUUUCAAUGGAGAUUCUCCAUUCAGCAUGCUUUUUAGUCCAGGAGUAAACUUAAUCUGGGUCCAGGAAACUGACCCUAUAUGUUUUGGACGGAUGUUUGACAUAGACGCUGACAGGACUGUUUUAAUAUCACGAUCAUAUGGGUGCUUCAUGAGAAUAUAAACUGAAUGAAUUUGAAUGUUUAGAAUAUUUGGGGAGUAUUUCUGUACAGCUUCAAGUGAGGAGUUCCCGUUUGAGUGAGUGGGUCACGGACCACAUGCGUUGUUACUCAUCAUUUGAGGUUGUAUUUAUCACAAUAAAUGAAAGAAUCAUAUGGGAUUUAAAGGAUUAAUUAUAUCUUUGAUUAAUUGAACAAUAAAAUAUUAUCCGGAGAUAAUUGCAUUUCAGGGUACUUCACCUUCACUAUUUUAUACACACUGUAUUUUUUGAGUGUGUUCCUUUUCUGCUACAUCUGCUUACGGACAUUUUAAUAAAAAGCAUAUAUUUAA